UCUGUCCCGCCCCCUACGUGCGUCUCUCACGUAACCACGCCCCCGAAGCUCUCUGGCCUACCUGGGGAAAAAACAAGACCCGGCGAGCCCGAAGGUUUGCCUUGUUACCCUAGCAACGGUGUCUGGAACGGAUAGAUGGCCACCUAGCGAUUUGUCCGAACUUGUGGGGUCUGGGCCGCUUGUUCCCAACUUUUAAGGCCUUGCAGCCCUGAAGACCCGAUGUUUCAUGGAACAAUCACAGAAGAGCUAACCAGUCAUAAAGAAUGGAGUCACUAUAAUGAAAAUAUAAUAGAAGAUCAAAAAGAUUUUGUCCUUGUGAAGUUCAAUGGACUUCAUUUAAAGUCUAUGGAAGGUUUUCAAUCUUAUAUCUCUCUUAGAGUAUGCAUCUUCUCAAACAAUUUUAUUACAGAUAUUCAUCCACUUCAAAGUUGUAUAAAAUUAGUCAAACUUGAUCUCCAUGGAAAUCAGAUAAAGAGUCUACCAGAAUCCAAAUUUUGGAGUGGAUUGAAGAACUUAAAACUUCUCUAUCUUCAUGACAAUGGGUUUGCAAAGUUAAGGAAUGUAUGUGUGUUAUCUGCCUGUCCAAGCCUCAUUGCCCUUACUAUGUUUGAUUGUCCAGUAAGCCUUAAAAAAGGAUAUAGACAUGUUCUUGUUAACGGUAUAUGGCCUCUCAAGGCACUGGAUCAUCAUGUGAUUUCUGAUGAAGAAAUAAUUCAGAACUGGCAUCUUCCUGAAAGAUUCAAAGCAUAUAACCACAGACUUUUCUUUAAUUUCUGCCCUUCUUUGAAAAAGGGAUCAACUUAUGAGGAUGAAAUUGGUAAUAUCAAAUAUAUUACUUCAAAAAUUAAUGAAAUCCUGUCUCAUAACUCACCAGUUUUGAUUGUUCAAAGAUGGAUACGUGGUUUUUUAGUUAGGAAGAAAAUGAGGUGUGACUGGAUUGUUAGACUUAGCUGGAGCUUAGUAGGGUUGACCCUUGAAAAACGGGUUUGAACUUCAUGGAUCCACUUAUGCACAGAUUUCUUUCAAUAAACACAUACUAUAGUACUAUACAAUCUGAAGUUGGUUGACUCUGUGGACAUGGAACUGUGGAUAUGGAGAGUUGACUCUAUGAGAGGUUGGUACUUCUAACCCCAUGUUGUUCAAGUUUCAGCUGUAUUUCUUUUCUUCCAUGUGGAAGGUCAGUUAAGCACUCAUAAUGCUGUAGCAGAUUAGGCUUGGCUGUAGUUAAUUAAAUUCACCUGGUGGCAAGCCUUGUUAAAAAGAACAGAGUACUCUAGUUUCAUUUUCCCCUCCUACUUCUAUAAGCCCAAGGUGAUUUUCCUCUGAUAUUUACUACAGGAGUCUGGUGGAGCUCCUGGAGGUAAAUCUAACAGUAUUGUGGCAGUCCCUUUGUGGCUGAUUCCUCCUUAAGGUUUUAACUCUCAAUGAGCUGCCAGCAAUUUGUCAGCAACAGUUGUUUUUUCCUACUUGAUGUGGCUUUUGGUGGGAGUUUCCUCUUAAUGAGUCUUUGCUCAGGUAAAAAGUGAUGGUUUAUAUUCACUUGUCUGUCUCACAAAUCUUGAGGGCAGGAGUGUGCCCUGUGUUCUCCCCUCUCAGGUAUCCAAAAAGAGUCUGGUUUUUCAGUUUUUUCAGCUGUGUAGUUGUUGUUAGGAUGGAAUUGCUGUUUCGAAGCUCCCUAUAUGCAGAACUGGACUUAAGUUUAUUUUGAUAGAUAUAAGUUGUAGUUUUAUCUUCUUUGUAGGCUUCACUGUCUGGCUUGCUUUUAUUGUCUAUAAUGAUGUUAUUUUUCUUAUUAUUCUCUUUUUGCUUUAUAAUUACUCUGUAAUAACUGUUUAUGGGUUUAGAUAGUGAUCCCAUUGACCUUUUUUAUGAGAAAUUAGUUUUCAUCAGUUUAGGGGGCUUUUUUCAGAUUCUGAAGUUCCUUAUUUCUAUUCUUGUUUGUUUGUUUGUUUGUUGUCUGUGUGUAGUUUCUGAAAAUAUCAUAGCUUACUUUCUGAGUUCUCUCUCUCUGGUCCCAGUGCUCCCUUUUUAGUGUUAGACUUUUUUUUUUCUCUUUCUUUUUCUCCUUUAUUUCUAUGAUGCUCAAUUUUGAUUCUGUCUUCAGGGGUUUAUUCUCAGUUUUGGGCUUUGACUUAGAGAAAAGCAUUGGAUUGUUAGCUCUGUGGAUUUAUACACCCAGAAUACUCAGAUCUUACCACUGAAUCCCUGUAUUCACACACUAUUGGAAUUUGCGAAACUCUCUAGGAUUUAGCUCCUAUUCUUGUCUCUCCAAGCUUUCCAGGAAGUAUCUUUAGAUUUUUUUUUUUAUUUCUAUCCAUCAGAUGGACAGUGGUCUUAUGGGUGUUAGUGAUUUUUCCCCAUUCCUUUACAUUCUAUAUUUCCUGAGGAUAACUUUUCACAUAAUGUUAUAGAUAAUGAAAAGUUUUUGCUAUCUAGUUGUCAUAUCUGUUUCAUAUAGGAAUUUGGGUAGAUUUUAAAACUAUGUCACUUCCAUGAUUAUUAUUUUGGGGUGCCCUCACAACACAGAGGUUUACCAACAUCAUUCACCAGGUAUUUCUAAUAAGCUAAAUCUCUGUGACUUCCGUAUUUUAGAAAAUGAUAUACACUAGCUGUAUUUAUUUCUUAAAAAUAUAAGAGAGUUGCAGAAAUGAAAUAUUCUGCAAUCACAACAUGAAAGAAUGGUUAGAAGGACUUGGCUAUUUACAUAUCAAAAGAGUUAAUUAAGGAUAGUUCAAAAUACUGAAUAGCAUAUGAUAAGGCAUAUAAAAUAGUAUAUGUGCAACAAUAUUAGUGUAGUAUACUGUUAGUAUAUACAUAUAUAUAUAUGCUACAUACAAAUAGUAAAUAUGACAGAUAAAAAGGAUAAAGUGUAGGGAUGGACAUUUCAAAAACAAAUUUCAGCUUGUUUUUUUAAGAAAAAUAUUUAACUAUUAUGAUUUUCUGAAUGGUAUGGUUAUAAAUUCAUUUUGUGGGAAUUUUUUAGGAAUUGUGUAGCAUUAAUGUAGGAAUUGUCUAUGUGCUAGGGUUUUAGCAAAAGUCACAUAUAUAUUGACAUCUUAGAUACAAGACUUUGUUUUGUAGUAUGGUUUAACAUGAUUAAAUAUUUAUUUAUUAUAUUUUUAUAUGUGUGUGUGUAUAUAUAUAUAUAUAUAUAUAUAUAUAUAUAUAUGACAGUUAUAUGUCCUGUUUUGACUAGCAGCAAAAUAUGGAGACCCAUAGUCAUCAGUAUUAUAUUAAAAUUUAUGAAAGCUUUAUCUAAUUGAAUAAUUUUUUCUAGAGAGAAGAGUAAAUAUGUUGUAGUCAUAACUGGAUUCAGUUCUAUGUAACACAGACCUCAAAAUAAUGAUUUAAGCUAAGGCGAAGUUUUAUUUCAUUUUGUAUUAGAUGAGUCUAUCGUCCAAGAAAUACAAGCCUAUGACUCUACACAAUAUCAGAAUCCAAGUUUCCUUUAGCUUUUUAUAAUAUCCUCCUUUCUUGUGUGUUCUAUCUCAAGUUUACUGGUGUUCCGGAAUGGCUGCCAAAGUUCCAGUAGUUACAUCUGGUUACAUGCUGGAAGGCUUAUGCAAGUACUGAGUGACAGGGGACAUCACUCCACUAAAACGGCCACUUUAAUCAGCCUAAUUGGGAAUAAUGCAUUUCCUCUUACAUUUCCUUGACCAGAAUUUAGUAAUAAGGGCACACUGGUGAAAAGGGAUGCUAAGAAAUAGGAUCUUUUAUCUGGCCACUUUACCACUUGUAUGAAGUUUGGCUUUUGUUACUAAGGCAGAAAGGGAUAAUUUGAAUUGGAUGCUGGCUAUCAGUUUCUGCCAUAGCAUAAAUGAAAACAAAAGACAAGAUCAUAAUUAUUGCCUAGCAGCUCUAAAUGCAUUGAUAAAAAAGGAGAAAGCUUGCCAUGUCAAGGAUCUAAGUUUCUGUCUCAUGGGGAUAAGAUGAGUAGCAGAAAUUAUACCCAAAGACAGUAAAUUGAGAGAAAUAACAAAAAUAAUACCAGAAAUUGAUGAAAUAGGAAACAGGCAUAUAAUGAACAUGAGAAAAUAUGCAUAAAAAUUAAAAAGGCAAGAUUUGGUUAUUUGCAAAGUUUAAUAAAUUGAUAAAACUCCAGCAAGACUGAUAUAAUCAAGAGGUAGAGGGAAAAAGUACAAAUUACUAUGAUAAAGAGUGAAAAAAAGGAACAUUGCUGUAGGUCCACAAGUAUUAAAGUGAAUAGAGUGAAUAACUCUAUGCCAAAUGAUUUGACAAUUUGUGUGAAAACAGACAAAUUCUUUGAAGAAACAGAAUUUUCAGGCUGACAGAAGAAAUAAAAAUGCCAAAUAUCCCUAUAUACAUCAAAAAAAUUAUAUCCAUUAUUAAAAUCCUUCCCACAAAGAGGCUUCAGGUCUAGAUGACUUUUCUGGUGAAUUGUCCUUCACAUUUAGGGACCAUAUACCACCAUCUUAACCAAAAUUUCUAGAGUGAGAGAGGAUAUUUUUCAUGUCAUUUUGAGAGGUCAGGGUAUCAUUAAAAGCAACACUUGACAAGAACAUUACAAGAAAAAAAUUGCCGGCCAGUCCCAUGUAUAUACAUGUAAAAAUCAUAAAUAUUAGAAAUUUAGAUCUCGUGACAUAUAAAGUGGUUAAUACACUAUAGCUAGCAUAAAUUUAUUCCAAGAAUACAAUAUUAGUUUAACAUUAGAAAACCAAUAACAUUAAUAGAAUGUGAGUGGGGGAAAAUACCUCAAGUUCCUCACUUUGUUCAGUAUCAGGUUAAGUAAAAUUUGUGCAUAUUUUGAAUGAAUGUGUCCUCAUUUUGCAAGGAUCCAAGGUAAGUGAGCUUUAAUCUCAUUUCAUCUCAUCUAACUUGUGGUAGGCAGAAUUUCAAGAUGGCUUACAUGAUCUUUGCUCCCUGUUGUUACUCCUAUGAUUGUGUUAUACACAUAUACCUAGAAAAUUAUGUUUUACAGAUGUCAUUAAGGUUUCUUACUAAUCAGUUGGCCUUAAGGUAAUCUGAUUCAGAUAGCCAACAAGCACAUGAAAAAAUGCUCAACAUCACUGAUUAUUAGAGAAAUGCAAAUCAAAACUACUGUGAGGUACUACCUCACACCAGUAAAUGGCCAUC